GACAGACACUGAGAGAGGAGCAGCACAAAGACACGGUACUAAAGUCAAACGGACAACGAUGGAUUCUUAUUUCAGAGGCACCUCGUGGAUAAUCCUUCUCCUCUUCACACUGCCACACCUCGGCUGCAGUGACGUCUGCCCCAGCAGCUGCAUUUGUAAAGGUGGUGCUGUUCACUGUGUCGGCUACGCCCUCACAGAUAUACCAAAGCACCUGCCUCUCCACACAUACCUGCUGCUGCUAGAUAGGACAAACAUGCACGUCGUAAAGGAGCAGAGCCUGGCAAACCUGGACCUCAUGCUACGUUUCAGUCUGACUCAAAGCCACCUGCGCACCAUCCAUCCCAGGGCCUUCCACGUCGCUCAGCAGCUCAAGUCUGUCAAGCUGUCGUACAACGAUCUCUCCACCCUUCCUGCUCGGGUUUUCACUCCACUGACCACUCUGGAACAGCUGCAUUUAAAUGGGAACCAGUUUGAGACCUUAUCUCCGGACAUGUUGGAAGGACUUGUUGAGUUGCUCGAUCUGGACCUGAGCCGGAACAAACUGGGUAAUCUUCCUUCAGAUAUUUUUGACGGACUGACCAAACUCAACUUUCUGAACCUUGGCAGGAACUCUAUGACGACGCUUCCUCCUAACAUCUUUCACUCCUUGACUGAACUUCAGCAGCUCAUGAUCUAUAACAAUGAGCUGGAGGUGCUAGAAGCUGGGAUAUUUGAUCAACUUGUCAACCUUGAGGAGCUAAAACUGCACCACAACCAGAUCACCAGCCUUCCUCCUCAGGUGUUCUGGUCCCUGAGGAACCUGAAGAUCCUCACCUUGUCCUCCAACCGACUGACGGCAAUCCCUGACAAGACCUUCUACAACAUGCCCAUGAUGACAAAGCUUACUAUGUACAACAACCCCCUAUUAUCUCUACCUGACCAGCUGAUGGGUCACAUGCCUGACAUUAAUGAAUUUUAUCUGUAUGCCACCAACCUCAGCACUGUUCCUGGAAAUUUGUUCGCCAACAUGUCCGGACUCCUGACCCUUAACUUCCAUUUAAACGAGUGGCUAUCUGAGUUGCCUUCAGACCUCUUCUGCUGCCUUCCCAACCUCCAUAAGCUGUCGCUGAAAUCCAACAAGCUGGUUCACCUGCAUCCCCAGCUUUUCUCCAGGCUAACCACACUGGGCAUACUGCUUCUUAAUGACAAUAAGCUGCAGAGCCUUCCGGGAAACAUCUUUCAGGGCCUUGGGCAGGUUCGGACGAUUGAUUUGCAUCACAACCGCCUCAUGUCUCUACCAGGAGAUAUAUUCUUGUCAAACAAAGCUUUAACGAAUCUUACUCUGAGUGACAACCCCUGGAGCUGCACCUGUAGUAUCAGAAGUUUUACAAAAUGGAUAAGACAGAAUGAGCGCGUGGUUGUCGACAGAGACGAUGUGCUGUGCCACAGUCCAGUGUACCAACUGCUGCGUACCGUUGCCUCACUGUCCGAUGACGAGUUCAACUUUUGCGAUGCUAAAACGUCCUUGACUCAGAAUUACCUGCCUGAGUCAACUGUGACACCAUUCCACACAAGUGCAACCACUCGACAAAAAAACACUGCUGCUUUAACAACCACACCACCCUCAACGACACCAGCCCCCACUCCAGGAGCUACCCAACAAGUCACCACCCCCAUUACCACCACCUCAGCAACAGCAACAACAACAACAGCAGCAGCAGCAGCAACAACAACAACAACAACAGCAGCAACAACAACAACAACAACAGCAGCAGCAGCAGCAACAACAACAGCAGCAGCAGCAGCAACAACAACAACAACAACAGCAGCAGCAACAACAACAACAACAGCAGCAGCAGCAACAACAACAACAGCAGCAGCAGCAACAACAACAACAACAGCAGCAGCAACAACGACAACAAAUAAAACUCUCAUCAUCAGCCUGUCUCACAAAUCAGCCACUUUCUAUGACACUUUGGUUAUUGAGCAGGGACCCGACUUUGUUCACCACAACCUCCACAAUGGAUGGGUCUACGUGUGGUUCCUGCCUUCGGAUACGUCCUCGACCGGGUUCCUCAUGUUCUGUCACAUCUUUCUCGUGGCCACAGGCUUGUUCCUCAUUCUUGCUGCCAUGUAUAGCAUGUAUUGCCUCAGCAAGGCCAUGUAUGAGCUAAAGGCUGAGUCUGCAAGUACUCCAGAGUAACACAACAUGUUAUCAGGCCGAGUGCACAGGAGACCAAGAGAAACUCUUCUAGAGGUUGUAGUCUCUUUGUAAUUAUCUUCUAACCUUACUUUAGGUCAGUCAGUCUCACAACAUGGGAUGAAGAAUACCUUGAGAGAAUUUCAAGAUCUAGAAUGAUACCAGUUUAUUGUAAGAGUUAUUGUAGUUAUUGUUUAAGUUAUUGUAAUAGUUAUUAACUAUACAAUAUACAGUGUGGAAGCUUCUAACACUGAGCUAUGCAGAUGUGAUACUUACUGAUUUUUACCAUUGUCUUUGUUUGUUCAUAAUCUUAUAUAACUAAUGUUAGUCUCACUUAGCUUAAUUUGUUGAUUAAUCAGUUAGAUUGUUGAUAGCUGAUUAGAAGAAAACAGAUGAGCAACUAAAACACAGAAUAGGAAGGCUGUGUAAAAUGCAAAGUAAAACUGGAUGCAAGGAGUUUUAGGAUCCUUUUUUUUUUUUUUUUUAAACCAAUAUUCAGUUGAUUACAGAACAAGGAUGAAACAUUCAGCAUUAAAACUGAUCAACUUUAACGUUAUUUUGAAACACGCACUCAUUCUGAUUUUGAUGCCUGCAACAUGCUAAAUUAGAGGAGCAACAGUGUUCCAAUCACUCUGGAAUUGGGGUUGUCAUUAUGCAACUAUCUUAAGAAUUUUCCUGGGGAUAACGCCAAACAGUUGCCGGCUCCAGCUUCUCCAAUGUGGGUUAUAUGACAGUAAAUCAAAUGUCCUCAGGUUUUGGACCUUUGGGCAUACAAAUUAAGUCUGUCUGAAGAUAAAACACUGGGUUCUGGAAGAUCUGUUUUUCAUUACUUUUUGACAUAUCAUGGAUCAAACAAUGAAUCAGUUAUUCAGGAAAUGAUCUGUUUAAUCAAUGAUACAAAAUUACUAAUACUAAUCUCUUAUCUCUCAAAGUUUUCCAUACUUUAUUCAUCUGCCCACUAGUCUACCCAAGCAAUUAAUUAAAUUAGAUUAAUUAAAUCUGCUUUUCUCUUACGACAGCAAAACUUACAGAGUACAAUGUUACGCUUCAUGAUGCAAAGUUAAGCCAAUGACAUCCUUAGAACUCACAGGUGAUUUGCUUCUCUCUAGUGGUGAAAGCGUCCAACUGCUUCAAGAGACACCACAGCCUAAAAACACUGUUUCUCUGAAACUUUGGAGCUGUUUGACAAUACAUUUUAUGUAUGAAUCACGUUGAGUGCUGAUGUGCGUCUGUAAUUUUCCAUGUUGAUAAAAGUAAAGCUUGUUUCUCCGAGGAUUUUACUGUAAAAAUGCCAUCAAGCUCUGUCAUGAUGAGGUUUUCCUGCCUCUCCCAUCAGUAAUUACAAGGCUAUUCCCUCACAUCACGUGUCAUCUGUUUGCCUCUAAUCAAGGCCAUUCGUUACAUUGUAGUAAUAAGACCAUUAUCAAUAUCAUAAUAAAGAUGGUUUACGGACUGUACAGUCAGGGAUAAUUGAAUCUGGUGGUCUCAU